GACGAGAUUGCCUACAUGCACCAGGAGGAUGACUGGGAUCGGGAUAUGCUCCUGGACCCUGCAUGGGAGAAACAGCAUAGAAAGACAUUCACAGCGUGGUAUAACUCCCACCUGAGGAAAGCAGGAACGCAGAUCGACAACAUCAAGGAGGAUUUCCGGGACUUCCACAUCAGCUGGAAAGACGGGUUGGGUUUCUGUGCAGUCAUUCAUCGAUACCGUCCAGAACUCAUCGAUUACGCAAAACUGCGAAAGGACGACCCGAUGACCAACCUGAACACGGCGUUCGACGUCGCUGAGAAAUACCUGGACAUCCCCAAGAUGUUGGACGCAGAAGACAUCGUGGGCACAGCCGGUCCGGAUGAGAAGGCGAUCAUGACGUACGUCUCUAGCUUCUACCACGCCUUUUCCGGCGCUCAGAAGGCGGAGACAGCGGCGAACAGGAUCUGUAAAGUUCUGGCGGUGAACCAGGAGAACGAGCAGCUGAUGGAGGACUAUGAGAAGCUGGCCUCCGAUCUGUUGGAGUGGAUCCGGCGCACCAUCCCCUGGCUGGAGAACCGCCUCCCGGAGAACACCAUGGCGGCCAUGCAGCAGAAGCUGGAGGACUUCAGGGAUUACCUCCGCCUUCACAAGCCGCCCAAAGUGCAGGAGAAAUGCCAGCUGGAGAUCAACUUCAACACGCUACAGACCAAGCUGAGGCUCAGCAACCGGCCCACCUUCAUGCCCUCCGAGGGGAAGAUGGUGUCAGACAUCAACAAUGCGUGGGGGGGUCUGGAGGGAGCGGAGAAAGGGCACGAGAAGUGGCUCCUCAACGAGAUCCGCCGACUGGAGAGACUUGACCAUCUGGCCGAGAAGUUCUGUCAGAAAGCAACGAUCCACAAAGCCUGUACUGAAGGUAAGGAGGCCAUGCUGCAGAAGCACAACUACGAGACGGUCUCUCUGUCGGAGAUCAAAGCUCUGCUGAAGAUACACGAGGCGUACGAGAGCGACCUCGCUGCCCAUCAGGACCGAGUGGAGCAGAUCGCCACCAUCGCACAGGAGUUAAAUGAGCUGGACUACUACAACUCCCUCAGUGUGAACGCUCGCUGUCAGAAUAUCUGCGACCAGUGGGACGCUCUGGGAGCUCUGACCCAUAAACGCAGCGAGGCUCUGCAGAGAACUGAGAAGCUUCUGGAAACCAUCGACCAGCUGUACCUGGAGUUUGCUAAAUGAGCGGCGCCCUUCAACAACCGGAUGGAGGGCGCCAUGGAGGACCUACAGGACACCUUCAUCGUGCACACCAUCGAGGAGAUCCAGGGAUUGAGCACGGCCCGCAAGCCGGACCAAGAGCAGCAGGCGAUCCUUGGGAUCCACAACGAGAUCGCUAAGAUCGUGCAGACGUACCACGUCGACAUGGCCGGAAAAAAACGGUACACCUCCAUCAACCCUCAGGAGGUCAACGCCAAGUGGGACAAGAUGCGGCAGCUGGUUCCUCAGAGCGACCGGGCUCUGAUCGAGGAGCACGCCCGGCAGCAGAACAACGAGUGUCUGCGCAGACAGUUCGCCAACCAGGCCAACGUGAUUGGACCCUGGAUCCAAACCAAGAUGGAGGAGAUCGGGCACAUCUCGAUGGAGAUGAACGGCACGCUGGAGGAUCAGCUGACUCACCUCCGUCAGUACGAGAAGAACAUCGUCAACUACAAGCCAAAGAUCGACCAGCUGAUCCAGGAGGCGCUCAUCUUCGACAACAAGCACACCAAUUACACCAUGGAGCACAUCCGUGUGGGCUGGGAGCAGCUGCUCACCACCAUCGCCCGCACCAUCAACGAGAUCGAGAACCAGAUCUUGACGAGAGAUGCUAAAGGCAUCAGCCAGGAGCAGCUGAACGAGUACCAAGCCUCCUUCAACCACUUCGACAGGGAUCACUCUGGAACUUUGGGUGCGGAGGAGUUCAAGGCCUGCCUAAACAGCCUGGGAUUCGAUAUCGCCAACGAUGCACAGGGUGAGAACGAGUUUUCCUGCAUCAUGAGCAUCGUAGAUCCCAACAGGAUGGGCAUCGUCACGUUCCAGGGGUUCAUCAACUUCAUGUCCCGAGAGACGGCGGACACGGAAACCGCCGACCAGGUCGUCGCCUCCUUCAAGAUCCUGGCCCGGGACAAGAACAACAUUUUACCGUACGAGCUGCGCCGCAAGCUUCCUCUGGACCAGGCGGAUUACUGCAUCGCCCGCAUGGCUCCAUACUCCGGGCCGGACGACGGGGUCCCCGGGGCCCUCGACUACAUGUCCUUCUCCACGGCUCUGUACGGAGAGAGCGACCUCUGAACUCUGACUUCCUGCUUCAUCACCGCCACGUCCUCCUCCUCCUCCUCCAGCACCAACCUCCUGUCCUCCUGCCAUCCUUUUUGUAUCUAGACAAAAGGCAGCAGACUCCAUUGAUAGGUCAUUUUACCUGACCAGUGUAUGGGAGUUCCUGGUCUACUGCUGCAUGAAUCAGUUAGUUAGUUUGUGUUGUUGUGUGACUUCUGGGUUUUAAAAGGUUAGUUCAGAGUCCCCGAAAUCACACAAUAACACAGACUAACUGACUGGACCAGCAACUCCUGAGUCUGUGAGGUGAUAUUUCAGUUGUUCUAAUGGAGUCUGGUGGGUUUGGAGAGAGUGAUAUAACUUCAUUUCCUGUCAGAUAGGCCGGCUGACAGCGAGUUAAAGGUGUACGCUAUAUUAAGAAUAUUUUCAUUGCUUUACCUUGCUGUCAGACGGUCCUUUCUGUAGUGUAUCGCUCUUUCCAAAUACGGCAUGAUCGCUUAACUCUGACCCGACUUCCUGCUUCAUCCCCGCCACCAAUCUCCCCCUGCGAUCCAUUUUGUAUGUCUCUGGCCUUAUCUUUAACCU